AUGUCUCACUUCUUCGUACUUUCAUGCGUUUUGGCUCUCGCCUCUGCUAGCUACAUCCCUCCUUACUAUGGAGGACAUGAUGAUCAUGGAGAUCAUCAUUCUCGAUAUGGAAAACUUAACGGCGAUGGUUAUGGAGCUCAAGCUGGGUAUGGUUAUGGUUAUGAUGGAUCAGGAUAUGACAAAGCAGCAGGACAUCAAGGAUAUUAUGGAGAUAAUUAUGGAAACGACGGGUAUGCUGAUGGACACGCAGACUACAGCAAAGGAGCUGCUGAUGGGUACGAUGGUGCUCACCAUGAUGAAGGAGCCCGUAAUGCUGUUGAUGCUGAGGGAAUGAAAAAAUACUCUUAUUUCACUUCCGGUUCAGGACCUGAAGGAAGUUACUCCAAAGGAUAUUAUGGAUCUGAGGGAUAUGAUCAUCAAAACGCCAACUCUCGUCAUGCUGCUGAUGGAUCAGGAGCCGGAUAUAAGAAAGGAUAUAACGCUGCUUCUGCUGACGAAGCUGACGCACAAUCUCGCUACGGAAAAGGUGCUGCUUCACAUAAUGGCUACGGCAACGAAUACGAUGCUUCCAAAUACGGUUAUGGCUAUGGAAAAAAUGAUUUCGGAGGUCACAACAAUGGCUGGGUUAACCAGGCUCAUUCCGGAGCUCAUGCUUCUCACGGUCCUUAUUUCUAA